AUGACGGGUCACGACGGUGAGAAGGCCGAGAUCGGGGUCAGCUCUGCGACGGAUGCUGGUGUCUCGGGAGAGCAAAACAAUGAAAAGACGCCACAGACUCGGACGAGUCUCUCCCGCGACAAUGAUAAUCUCAACGACAUUGUUGAUGCUAGCACAAUUGGCAACGACGAUGAAAACGACAACGACUCGAUCGACUCCAAGAACGAACUUACUCUGUCCAAGGCGCGCUGCAUCGCUCUUGUCACGACCGUGACGGGAGCAUCUUUUCUCAACACCCUCGCCAGUCAGAGCGUCGUCAUCAUCCUCCCCCAGAUUGGCAAAGCCCUCGACGUCCCCGACACACGCCAACAAUGGAUCGUGUCCUCUUACGUCCUCACCUUUGGAUGCUUCCUCCUCCUCUGGGGCCGCAUCGCAGACAUUUACGGCAAGCGUCUCAUCUUUAUCCUCGGAUCCUUCUGGGUUACUAUCUGCUGCGUCGUCAACGCCUUUAUCCCGACUGAGAUUGCGUUUGACCUGUUUCGAGGACUGCAUGGCUUGGGUGCUGCUGCGAAUGUUCCGACUGCUAUUGGUAUCCUAGGUACUACGUUUCCCCCUGGAAAAGCAAAGAACUAUGCCUUUAGCGCAUAUGCCGCUGGAGCUCCUCUCGGCAGCGUCUGCGGUAACCUCGUCUCGGGCCUCAUCGCCGAGUGGGCGAGCUGGAAAUGGGUCUUUGGCGCCCUCGCCAUCAUGGCCGGUCUCAUCUCCGUUGCUGGCGUUCUGUUCAUCCCGCCUCCUCCUCCCGGACUCCGGCCCGUUCACGAUAACCUCCGGGCCAAGACGGCAGCUGUUGACUGGAUUGGCGCUACCCUUAUUACCUGCGGUCUCCUGGCCCUCAUGUUCGCCUUGACCGAGGGCAACGUGGUUGGGUGGACGGCCCCGUGGAUCCCCGUCCUCAUCGUCGUGUCGGUGCUUAUUAUCGUUGCCUUUUUCUUCUGGCAGCGUUAUCUCGAGAACAAGACCGAUCGUCCGCCCCUAGUCAAAGUGUCCAUCUUCAACAACUGGCGCUUCACGUCCGUCAUGUGCAUCAUGGGCCUCUUCUUUGGUGGUUUCAACAACUUUCUCAUCUACGCCACCUACUACUUCCAAGAUUACCAAGGCCUGUCCCCCUUGCAGACCAUGCUACGUUUCAUCCCCACUGGUGUCAGCGGCUUCAUCGUUGCUUUUAUAACUGCUCACCUACUUAGCCGCAUCCCGACCUUUUUCAUUCUCGCCAUCGGGCAUGUUUGUGUCUCCAUCGCUGCCGUUCUCUAUGCCGUGCCUAUUCCUCCGACAACAUCUUACUUUGCUUGGGGCAUGUGGGCCAUGAUUCUUUCCGUUAUUGGUGCUGACACAGCUUGGCCGUGUCUCACGCUCUACACCUCUCACUCACUGCCUCAAGAGGAUCAAGCCAUCGGCGGCGCCCUCAUCAACUCGUCGGGUAUGAUCGGUCGAGCCAUUGCGCUCGCUAUUGCCACGGCGAUUCAAUCCUCUGUCAUGGCUAGCGAUCGGGGUGUCGACGUCAAGAACGUUGGGCCCGUCGAGGCCUGGGACGCGCCGUCGCUCAAGGGUCUUCGUGCAGGAGGCUGGACCAACUUUGCCAUUCUGAUCAUGGCGUUGGGUCUGGUGGUGUUUACCUUUAGGGGUAUGGAGAUUAUCGGAAAGAUUCCUGCGAGGAGAGACCGGACUGAGGGGGUUAUGAAUGAGGAGACGGUAGAUGUUGAGAGGAGAGGUCAACAAUAA